GACGGGCAGCGCUCUCCACCCCGCACACAGACAUGGAGGCUGUGGACGCGGCCAGGGCCCUCCUCGGCCUGGAAGUCGGUCUGAUCCUGUGCUGUGUCGGUGCCGCGGGCGGCUGCACCGUCUCCGUCUCGCAGCCGCCUGUCCUCGAAGUAGACGACGCGCAAGGGGCUGUGACGGUGCCCUGCUCCUUCUCCACCGUGGGCUGCCCUGCCGAGCCGCCCAGCAGCCUGUGGUUCCGCUAUGGGGCUCACCGGACGGAGACCCUCUGCGCGGACGGGUGCACAAGUGAGGCCGACAAGUUCACAGUGCGGAAGGCCCUGGCACAGAACCAGGUCUCCCUCACGGUCAACCGGCUGACGCCCAACGACAGCGCCAUCUACGUCUGCGGACUCGCCUCGCCCAGCUCAGAGGACCCGAGGGCCAAGCAGGCCGGAGCGGGGACCGUGCUGGUGGUGAGAGGAGCGCGAGGCCCGGGCAAGGGCCUGCGGGGGCUCCUGGCGGCCCUGCUGGCUCUGCUCUCCCUCUACGUGGUCGCCGUGCUCGGGGUCUUCGUCCUCCUCACCAGGUCAAAAUCUAACACUCUAAGAAACAAAGAAAAAGAAGAUUCACAAAAGAAAAAGAGUGCCAGGCGUAUUUUUCAGGAAAUUGCUCAAGAACUUUAUAAUAAGAGACAUGUGGGAACAAGUCAACAACCUGAGAAAGACAACACCUAUGAAAACAGGACAGCACUGGACAACUAUGAACGACCAUAGGAAUUAUUUAACCUUCAAUUACGUCACUGAAAAUUCAGAAGUUAUGGCAGUUUUAAUGGAUAUAUACCCACCAGGCUUUAAAAACA